CAUUAAUUCACCAUUCGCAUACAGACUGUAGCAAGAGUUUUUCUCAUCUUCACCCAUUCUAAUUAUUUCUUUAUUUUUCCUCUCUUUUAUAUAUUUCUCUAUUUUAAAACUUUAUAAUUAACAAAGCGGAGAAAUAAUUAAUUAUAGAAGAAGAAAUUAUAUUAGAAGAGAAAUUAAAAUGAAGGUUGGAGAAAGUGGGUUUACUUCUGAGAAUGAUACUCAUUUAACUGUUUGUAAAACCUCCCUUUUCUUUUCUGGUGAUGGUUUUACAGUUUAUGAUUGCCAUGGACAACUCAUUUUCCGAGUUGACUCGUAUGGUCCUGAUUGGCGUGACCAGGAUGAACUCGUUCUUAUGGAUGCUUCUGGACGUUGCCUCCUCACUGUUCGCCGCAAGAGGCCAAGUCUACACAACAGAUGGGAAGGAUUCCUAGGAGAAAGAACGGAUGGAUCCAAACCCAUAUUUAGCGUAAAAAGAUCAUCAAUAAUCGGACGGUCAGGAGUAACUGUAGAAACGUACCAAAAUACAGGGGAAGAAUACCAAAUAGAAGGUUCCUUUGCACAAAGAUGUUGUACAAUUUAUGAUUCUUCUUCUAAACAAGUUAUGGCUGAGAUCCGAAGAAAAGUGGAUGCUUCGUCAAAUGUUGUUUUGGGUAAAGAUGUUUUUUCUCUUCUUGUUAAACCCGGAUUUGACUCCGCUUUUGCAAUGGGCCUUGUUUUGGUUUUGGACCAAAUUAGCUCCGAUGGUCUUGUUGAUGUUAUUUCUACUCCUGGGUCUGACUCUGAUGGUGGUGAUUCUAGCUCUACUAGCCCUAAUAGGGCCCACUAAUUUUUUUUUAUUUCAGACUAAGAUCGGAAAAUAAAAAUUUUAUAGAUGAUGGGAAUUGAACUUCUUUUGUAAAAGGAAAGAAAAGUUUUUUUAUAAGGUCAGCUCAUGAUUUACAGGGGAUGUUUCUUUGUGUAAUAGUUAAAGUCAGAGUCAGAGUUCUGUUUCUUUGUAUAAUAGUUAAAGUCAAAGUCAGAAUCAGAGUCAGAGUUCUCAAUUUAAUAUUCCGCAUAAAUUAGGAUCUAAAAAAAAAAAAAUUGCAAACAUAUCACACCCGAAUGCAUGCUUUCAAUUUAUCGCCUUGAAAAUAGGUUUCUAUAAAGAUAAGAGUAAGAGAGUUGUGAUAUUUUUCUUUCCAUUGAUAAAGAUGUUUGAUGAUGAUUUGGAUUAGGUUGUACUUUUAUUUUAUUUUGUCUUUGUUUUUGAGAUAUUAUGGAUGUAAUUUUAAAUUUUUAUUUACUUUAAAAGGUAAUGUUUAUAUUCAAACUUCCUUUUUAUAAAGUUAGUUGGAUGUAAAUCUAGGUUGGUUGGUAUUUUCUUGUAAUGCAUGUAUAUUGUUCUCUUUCUAUUUUGGGAUCAAAUUUUGCCACGUUCGAAUGAGUUAAUUAUUAGUGCAAUUUUUUAAUGGAUGCAAAUACCAAACCUAAUCAUGUACUCCUAACAAGUACCAAACCAUAACUCAUCUUUUUGGGAUAUAAUGUUUGAGCAACUCUUUUGACACAUUUUUUUAUAAGAGUUCAAAAUAAAAAGUUUAUAUUUAAUAAUUUAUAUUUUUAUGCAAUUUAAUUUAUAUAUGAGGCACG